AUGACAUCUACAGCAGAUGUGCCAGUGAGGCGCCGGCUGCGACAGAAGUCGAUGGCGCCGGCUGCGUAUAGGAGGCUGUCCUUCAGCCUGAAGGAGCGGCACAGUAGCUACGUGGUCGUCAAGUCUGCGCUCAGCGCCGCGGAACUCUCUGCGCUGGACCGCGUGCUGCGAAGGAAGCGGCCCAAAGCCGCCAAGAUGAAGAACGAGGGCGCAGGGGAGUCAGACGACGAGCGAAAGGCUAGAUACGACGAUCGGGACAGCAACAUCUCCUGGCUAAAGCCAGAGAAGGAGUGCCCGCUCAUGUAUCAGAAGCUCAAAGAUCUGGUCCGUGAUGUCGCCAACAAGGAGUGGUCACUCUUUCAGGUCGACGGUGCUGGGGAACCCAUCUGUACAUACGAGGAUGCCCAAUACACCGUCUACCGGGAGAGCCAGCACUUCCAAGCCUGGCAUCAGGAUGCGUUCGAAAAGGGCAACGACCCUGAGGACGCGCGGCAAAUCACCGUGGUGCUGAUGCUCUCAGAUUCGAGCAACUACACGGGCGGCAGCUUCCAAGCCAAGGUCCCCAAUGCGGCGAAGCGCAAGGUCACUCAGUGCAUCUCGAUGGAUGCCGGGGACGCCUUGAUCUUCCCUGCCAAGAGGCUGAUGCAUCGUGUCACCGUCGUCAAGUCGGGCGUCCGGAAGACGUUGGUGAUGUGGGCCUGGGACAAGCAGUCAAGCCGCUACCACACGGGCGGACAGCCUCUGAGAAAAGGCUGA